AGUUCUUUGACGUGGCCGUUAUGACGUCGGCAAAGUUGACGUUUCACAAACAUGGCGGUGCAGCAGGGGGAAGUGGACGAGCUGUUUGAUGUGAAAAAUGCCUUUUACAUCGGCAGUUAUCAACACUGCAUUAACGAGGCCCAGAAAGUAAAGACAUCGGGGCCAGAAAAAGAAACCGAGAAGAACAUUUUUCUGUACCGGGCAUUCAUCGCUCAGAGGAAGUAUGGUGUGGUACUGGAUGAUAUUAAGCCCAGCUCCUCGGAGGAACUGCAGGCUGUUAGGAUGUUUGCAGAGUACCUGUCAAAUGAAGACAAGAGGGAUGCAAUAGUGGCAGAAUUGGACAAAAAGAUGGCUAAGAGUGUUGAUGUUUCCAACACCACCUUCCUUCUGAUGGCAGCCUCUAUCUAUCUGCACGAGAUGAACACCGAUGCUGCAUUACGCACCCUACACCAGGGAGACAGUCUGGAGUGCAUGGCCAUGACUGUCCAGAUACUUCUAAAGUUGGACAGAGUUGAUAUGGCAAGAAAAGAGCUAAAGAAGAUGCAAGACCAAGAUGAAGACACCACCCUGACUCAGCUUGCUACGGCCUGGGUUAACCUUGCAAUUGGAGGAGAUAAAUUGCAGGAUGCGUACUACAUCUUCCAGGAAAUGUCAGACAAGUACUCCCCCACACUGCUUCUGCUGAACGGUCAGGCUGCCAGUCACAUGGCUCAGAAUAAGUGGGACGAGGCUGAGUCAGUUCUACAGGAUGCUCUUGACAAAGACAGCGGUCACCCUGAGACACUCAUCAACCUCAUUGUGUUGACACAGCAUUUGGGCAAGCCUCCUGAGGUUACAAAUCGCUAUUUGUCUCAACUGAAAGAUGCACACAAAUCGCAUCCUUUCCUUAAGGAAUAUCUUGCUAAGGAGAAUGAAUUUGACAGACUUGCAAUGCAGUAUGCCCCCAGCGCCUGAAAGAAAGAUGUGUCAUUUAUACCUCCCAUAUGAUGCAACACAUUAUUUCUCCUCUUUCUUCCUCAUAUUUUUAUUUUGCAGUCUUAUUCUCAUCCCAGAUACUCUACAAACAUUCCUCUAUGAUGGGAAAUAAACAUGUUUAUAUCA